UGAGUUACUUGCGUUAAACCACCGAGGAACGUCCAGUUUCAGCCUUUGUAUCAUCAGCUGUACCCGACGGGAACUUUCUGACUGACCGGAGCAACACCAUGAAACCAGUUCACACGCAGCUUAUAUCCAGUGGCCGUCGGUAGAAGCUGUCGAGCGGGGUAAACAAGCUGGCCGCGACAACAACAUCCAGCUCCAGCAGCUAGCAGCUAGCAGCUAACAGACUAGCAUCUGGUCGGUUUCUCUGGGACUGAGCUGAUCAUCAGACGAAAUGGAGAAGAGUGACUUUCUGAAGGGACUGCCGGUCUACAACAAGACCAACUUCAGCAGGUUCCAUGCGGACUCAGUAUGCAAAGCAUCGAAUCGUCGACCAUCUGUGUAUCUACCAACACGAGAAUAUCCAUCGGAGCAGAUCAUCGUCACAGAGAAGACAAACAUCUUGUUGCGAUAUCUUCAUCAACAGUGGGACAAAAAGAUUGCAGCAAAAAAGCGAGAGCAGGAACCCACAGACGGGGACAGCACGGCACCGCCGAGAAAAAUUGCCAGAACGGACAGUCGAGAGCUGAGCGAGGAUUCAUAAAGCAACGUGCCGCCCGUGUUCACCCAGCAGAGACUGACCCACUGAAAUGCACAGAUUCAGGAUGUGUGUUUGUCAACCCAGGCCUGGACACUGAUGCACAGAAGGAUCAAUUACAUUUCAGACAACAGUCACCCCAAUGUUCAAAUUAAAAUUCAGACAUAUUUCCUUGCUACUUCCUUUACUUCCAAGAAGCUAUGCCUCAGACUUUACUCUUUGUAGUUUAGAAAAAUAACAUACAUCUACCUCCUUAUACCUCAACUCUUCUGGUUUUCAGUCACCCGCACUCACAGUUUUCUUCUAAAUAUGCAGGGAGGGAAGUCAUCGCUCCUCUGCUGCCAUCAUGUAAGGCUUUGGAGUCUACGUCAUUCGUACCAUCUCUGAUAUAUAUGCAUAUCUUAAGUUAAGCUGUAUAUGGGAUUAGUGGCAUGUCAUCUUUUUUUAGGUCUUACUUCAAUAGUUGUUUUUUUUUAGUUUUAAAUUUAAAAUCUUAUUUUAGCUCAUCCCUUACGUGAUCACUGUCAGCACAGUGAAAUUAAAACUGCACUGUGGUCCUUGUUUAGAUUGAUAAUUCAGGGUUUUGUUAUUGAAGAAGAAAAGUGUUUAAAGAGAUACGUCUAUUUUUUCUGGACAAAUAAUCGUUUGUUGCCUUAAUUGGAAAUAAGUCUGUUUUCACUGGUAUUUUGUAAUUGUCCCUUUUGUCAACGUUGUUUCAGGAAGUAAUUAACCACUGCUGAACACAGUGGAUAUUAGUAUCAGUGAGGACACAUUAAAGCCAACACAGUCA